GAAUAUAAGAACCCUUCUUCUCUCUGCUCUAUGCCUCGUUAAGUUAUCUCACACUCUCUGCGACCCUUUUCGGCGGCUUCAUCGUCUUCUAUUGAAGGAGAGCUUGAUCUUUUUAGCUAUCAUCAAAGAUGUCAGGUGAAGAAGCCCCAGUUGUGGCAGCCGAGCCAGCAGCUCCCGCCAUUGGUGAGCCAAUGGAUAUUAUGACUGCCUUACAGCUUGUGCUCAGGAAGUCACUUGCUUAUGGUGGUCUUGCACGUGGCCUUCAUGAGGGUGCCAAGGUUAUUGAGAAGCGCACCGCACAGCUUGUUGUUCUCGCAGAGGACUGCGACCAACCCGACUAUGUCAAACUUGUCAAGGCCCUUUGUGCUGAGCACAAUGUUAGCCUGCUGACAGUUCCAAGUGCAAAGACCCUUGGAGAGUGGGCUGGUUUGUGCAAGAUUGAUUCAGAAGGAAAAGCCAGGAAGGUGACUGGCUGCUCUUGUGUUGUUGUGAAGGACUUUGGCGAGGAACAUGAAGCUUAUAACGUUGUCCUUCAGCAUGUGAAAGCUCAAUGAGUUGCACAUGAUACAUAGUUUUGUGUUUGGCUUCAUUUGGGACUUGUUUCAUGAUAAUGAAUUUUGCAAUGUAGCUGGAGGAUCUAUUUUAGGGAUUUUGAUUAUUUAAGUUUGACUAUGUUGCAUUACCCAUUGCUUUUACUUUUAAUUUAUUUACAUACUUCUCUUGCA